UCCACAGUCUCUCAGAGCAGAGGGGGAAAGAGUUAGCUGAGCGGUGUGUUGUUGUUUUUUUUUCACCCAAGUGAAGUCCAACAGAGAAAGAAGGGAUCGCACAAACAGGACACAAUGUGGAGCCCGUGUUUGCCAGGGGAGCAGGUGAUCCCUGCCCUGCAGGUGGAGCACUGAACAUGCGUCAGACUGAAGCCACGCCCAGCACGCAGAACCUUGUGAACACAACCAUGAGUGAUGUCACAGAGAGCCUGGAUACCCGCGCCCUGGACUUCGGGGAGGGGGAGGAGGUGGACUUCGAUGCCAAUGAGGCCAAUCACACCGGGGACUCGCGGAUCCCGUUCACCGCCGUGUACAAGACCGUGGGCUUCAAGGAGACGGAGGCCACCGUGUACCUCACCACUGUGCCCAUCACCGCCAAAAUCAUGGACGUGGAGCGGUUCACCUCCGCCCAGGACCGCUUCAACAUCACCAAUCAGAGGAGCGUGUCAAAGGCGCUCCCGGCGGUGUUCAAGAUCGAGAUGAGGCACGGGAACUUCACCUGGAUAGUGAAGAGGAAGGAGAAGCACUUCAUGGAGCUGCACCGUGAGCUCCUCCGCUACAAGACCUUCCUGAGGAUCCCGCUGCCCUCACGCAAUCAUACAGUGAGGAGGAAGAGUGUAAAGAGGAGUGAGGUUCGGGAGAUGCCCGUUCUGCCGCGGGGGGGAGGGGACGAACUGGCUAGAGAGGAACAGGUGUCCAGCAGAAGGAAACAACUAGAGGACUACUUGAACAAGCUGCUAAGAAUGUCUGUAUACAGAAAGUACCAUGCAACAAUGGAGUUUAUCGAUGUGAGCCAGCUUUCCUUCAUCCACGAUUUGGGACCGAAAGGCUUGGAAGGGAUGGUCUACAAACGGUCGGGCGGCCACCGCAUCCCAGGAAUGAACUGCUGUGGUCACAGCAAAGUCUGCUACCAUUGGUCCAAACGGUGGCUGGUCAUAAAAGACUCUUUCCUUUUGUACAUGAAACCAGACACAGGAGCCAUUUCCUUCGUCCUCCUUGUUGACAAAGAGUUCACCAUCAAAAUGGACUCCAAAGACACUGAGACAAAACACGGGGUUAGAAUUGACAGCCUCUCCAGGACGCUGGUGCUGAAGUGUUCCAGUUACCGCCAUGCCCGCUGGUGGGGGCAGGCCAUCGAGGAGUUCGUGAGGAAGCACGGGAAGGCCUUCCUCCGCGACCACCGCUUCGGCUCCUUCGCCCGCGAGGAGGAGAACAUCCCGGCCAAAUGGUAUGUUAAUGGGAAGACCUACAUGGAGGACGUGGCAAAUGCUCUCGAAGAAGCCAGAGAGGAGAUCUUCAUCACAGACUGGUGGCUGAGCCCAGAAAUCUUCCUGAAGAGGCCUGUCGUCGAGGGCAACCGCUGGCGCCUGGACUGCAUUCUCAAACGCAAGGCGCAACAAGGUGUGCGGAUCUAUGUGAUGCUGUACAAGGAAGUAGAGCUGGCCCUGGGAAUCAACAGUGAAUACAGCAAGAGGACACUAAUGCACCUUCACCCCAACAUCAAGGUGAUGAGACAUCCCGACCACGUCUCCUCUUCCGUGUACCUGUGGGCACACCAUGAGAAGAUCAUCAUCAUUGACCAAUCGGUGGCCUUCGUGGGCGGCAUCGACCUGGCGUACGGGCGGUGGGAUGACAGGGAACAUCGUCUGACAGACGUGGGGAGCGUCACUCGUUCGGUGGCCCAGGCCAUUGAGCAGCAGUCUGGUGCAUCAGCCAAUAAGGCCGGCGUGGGAGCGUCCUCAAAAGAAGGCUCUGCCCCCAGCGCUGGCAAGAAUGGUGGGCCAACGGACGCCGUGGACCUGCCCAAGCUGAAAGGGGUCGGCCGGACCCGCAAGACUAGAUUCAGCCUCUACAAGCACCUCCACCGCCACGCACUGCACCACGCCGACAGUGUCAGCAGCGUCGACAGCUCGGAGGAGCGGACUGGGUCCAUGCGGAGCCUGCAGACAGGCGUGGGCGAGCUGAUGGGGAACACCCGGUUUUGGCACGGCAAGGACUACUGCAACUUCGUCUACAAGGACUGGAUCCAGCUGGACAAGCCUUUCGACGAUUUCAUCGACAGGUACACAACUCCCAGAAUGCCCUGGCAUGACAUUGCCUCCGUGGUUCAUGGGAAGGCGGCUCGAGAUGUGGCGAGACACUUCAUCCAGCGCUGGAACUUCACCAAGAUCAUGAAGCCAAAGUACCGGUCUCUCUCAUACCCCUUCCUCCUGCCCAAAUCCCACACUACAGCCAAUGAGCUGAGGUACCAGGUGCCAGACAGCAUCCACGCGAAAGUGCAGGUUCUGCGCUCUGCUGCGGACUGGUCUGCCGGCAUCAAGUACCAUGAGGAGUCCAUCCACAAUGCAUACAUACAAGUGAUUGCCAAAAGCAAGCACUACAUCUACAUCGAGAACCAGUUUUUCAUAAGCUGUGCCGACAACAGACAAGUCUACAAUAAGAUCGGGGAUGCCAUAAUUGAGAGGAUCAUCAGAGCCCACAAGGAGAAUAAGAAGUACCGAGUCUAUGUGGUCACUCCACUGCUGCCUGGGUUCGAGGGAGACAUCAACACUGGGGGAGGCAGUGCCAUCCAGGCUGUAAUGCACUUCAACUACAGGACGAUGAUCAGAGGGGAAUAUUCUAUUAUUUCACAGCUGAAGAAAGAAAUGGACGACCAGUGGAUGAACUACAUUUCCUUUGCGGGCCUGAGGACCCACGCAGAACUGGAGGGCAGGCUGGUGACCGAACUCAUCUACGUCCACAGCAAAAUGCUAAUCGCCGACGACAACACCGUCAUCAUCGGCUCGGCCAACAUCAACGAUCGGAGCAUGCUGGGAAAGCGCGACAGCGAGGUGGCGGUCAUCGUGGAGGACACGGAGAUGGUGACGUCGGUGAUGGAUGGGGAGGAGUACCAGGCGGGGAAGUUCGGUCUGCAGCUGAGGCUGGAGUGUUUCAAAACUAUUCUGGGUGCCUUCUCAGACCCCACUAUUGACGUGUCAGACCCCAUCAGCGAUCGCUUCUACAAAGAAGUGUGGAUGACGACAUCUGCGCGGAACGCCACUAUUUACGAAAAGGUGUUCCGCUGCCUGCCAUCGAGCCUUGUGAGGAACAGGAUGGAGAUGGAGGACUUCCUGUCCAAACCGGGCCUGGACAAAGAGGACCCAGCCCGAGCUGUGGAAGAGCUGAAGAAGAUUAGGGGCUUCCUGGUCCAGUUUCCCCUCUACUUCUUGAGCGAGCAAAACCUCAUGCCUUCUGUUGGGUCCAAGGAGGCUAUGGUGCCCACAGAGAUCUGGACCUGAGACUGGUGCAGAAUCAGAACCUUGAGCCAGGUGUCCUGGGCUGCAGUCCCUACUGAACUGAAACAAUGAAGAAAGCCCAAUCUGUGGAGCAGUGAGCUGAGGCCAUUAUCAUAGCUGUACAGUUUCAGUUGAAGAAAAUCUUGGAAAAAAAAAAUGAGCAGAAGGCAAACGCAGGACCAGAAAUCAGUGGUCCUGUCUCUGAAAUCAUCUCCCACACAUUAGAAUUAUGAACAUACUUUUUUAUGAUAUCUUGUCAUUGUAAGAUUAACUUAAUAUUUUUACUAAUAUUGGAAAAUAACACUAUAUACGUAUAUACACACACUUGAACCUGUGUCGCCGAGGCACCUCUCUGCAGUUAUUGGGUCAUUUGAUGUGAUGUAUACUGAAAAAAGCCUUUUUAAUGGAAAAAUGGAGAAUGUCUCUUUAAAAAUACUGAAGAAUAUUGAAGUGUAUAGAAUUAAAAGGACUAUAGAAGCUCCUCUGGACUCACCAAAUCCCUGAUGUGGGGGGGUGUCAGAAACCUGCGGUCUCUCUGGAAGAACACGGCAAAUUGUCAACUGUGUAAAGUGUGAUGUGUCACAGAUGGCAGAUGUCUCUUUACCUUCUCCCUUGAGUAAUAAGUAAUAAUACUAUAUCUCUGAAGGGGCAUCAGGAAGUUCUAGAUGACAUGGAGUUGUCUGCAAUAGAUCUGGUCUGUCUGACCUUGGUGUUGGAAUCUCCUUUGAAAGAGGAGACAGAAAGGGACACUAAUCCUCUAAUGAGGUUUGCCACAUCCAAGAAUCAAUGUUUGGGGCUGGUGUUGUCUGACCAUCAGCCCAUGGACUACUGAAGAAAUUCAGAAUGAUACAGAGGGCAAAAUGACUUAAAUCUGAGAAACAUUCAUGCCAAUGUUGCUCUGCAUUUUUCAGAGUAUGUUUCUUUAUCCCUACUCCGCAUUACUGUUGCUGUUGUUUGUGGACAGGUGAAUGCACUGUGGUGUAGGACAGCGUUUUUCUGCUGGUGAUUGGACCGUUAUUGUCUUAUCCUGUCUUUUGAUGUCUCACUUCUGAUAACAUCAACCAUUUUCCACGGCCUGCAUUUUUGCACAUUUUGUUUUCACAUUUUAUCAUUAUUAAUGGACAUAACCUUAAGAAAUCAUAUAAGCAAUAAUUAGCCAUGUAACUUAUAAUGUAAUCAUCAGUAGAUUUUACCCUGAUUUCACUGAAUAUCUUAUUUUGCAGCUGUUGAUGCAAUAUUCCAGACACAAUUCAGCAUCACUGAUUCUGCUGCUAUCUAUCCUGUGCUUUUUUAAAACUUUGCUCUUGACAAUCUGUGGAUUCUGCCCUUCAGUUGUGGGUGGCUAACCCCAUCUCAGAGACAUGACAGCUCCGUCGCUUACAGGAAGACUGGUGGCGUCCUUCUUAAUGUGAAAGCUCUUCAGCAGAAUUUCAUGGCACGCAUUUCUAGUUAAGAGCUUGUCGGCACUGACGAGAUGCAGUGUCCUUGUCACUCAGAGGUCUCCUGAUGGGGCCUCACGCGUCGCAACUCUCUGAAAAAAUACAUGUCCCAGAAUGCAAUUUAAAAGCGGCCACCUGCAACACUUGAGUGUAAUGCCUUCUGUGAUUGGCAAAACCUUGCGUUGCUGCAAGACUCUUCAUGGUGAACCUGCAUUUGCAUGCCUGUGAUUAUGUUUACUGUGAACCCUUGUGGUGUGUUUUACUGGUAUUUUAGUAAAUCUUCUCAUGGA